CACAUAAAAAAGUUGUAUAGCUGUACGCAAUUCCAGUCAACAGAAUCUGGGAUUCUAUUUCCGACCAAAAAACCCUAAAAUCGACAGCAUCAUCGUCUUCCACCCUAUUCUUCUCCGGAAAUUCUCCAGAAGCUGAGAUGGCAUUGGGUGGGGCAGCUCCACAAAGAGGAACUGCAGCAGCUGCUGCUGCAAACACGCGUCGGAGGAGGCCAAGCAGCAGCGGGGCUGCAGGAGGAGCAGGUGGUACCAUGCUUCAAUUUUACACAGAUGAUGCUCCAGGGCUCAAGAUUUCUCCCAAUGUUGUGCUUGUCAUGAGCAUUGGUUUCAUAGCGUUUGUUGCAAUUCUUCAUGUCAUGGGUAAGCUGUACUUUGUCCGCAGGGAGGCUUAACUAUGAUGUGAUACCCAUUAACAUCUGGCGUGAAUAAGAAAAGUUACUAGUUGAAGUUGAGACAGUUUUAAUUAUAGUUUUUUUUUUACUUUGUUUUGUAUUUCAAAACUUAGUGUGGAAGUGGGAGUUUUGGGUCAUAUUAAUGUUGAAUUAAGGGAGAUGUAUUCAUCAACUGACAUUGUUUUGUUCAUGAUGUGUUCGUUCUGGCCAAAUAUAAACAAGACAGAGUGCUACGCUACUACUUCUGUUU